AUGUCACAGCCCUCUGACCAGACCGUGCCUUCUGCUGAGGGCUCGGACUACCCACAAAAGAUAAUUUCAAAUCAGCGACAAGACGAGACCGAGGAGCUCGAUCUCCUUGUAACUCAGCUUCUCGCUCUCGAAGCAACGUCUACGCCUGUGCAAGUGACAGACGAAUCAGAUAGCACGAGAGUCGUGUUUACUAGCCUCCCGAACGAAAUCAUACUACACAUCUUCAAGGAGACGACGCCUCCAUGGCACGAAUACGAUCCCUCCACCAUUCAAGGAGCUCAUAACCCAUGGCUUGAGGCACUCCGGACCAGGAAGGCCCUCUCACUCGUAUCCAAGUCUACUCUUGGCCCGGCCAGGAUAGUUCUCUACGGAGACAUCGUGAUACGUCGCAUGGGCCAGAUACCAGCACUUGCUCGCACUCUGCGGGUCACUGGUGACGGUACCUUCCACGGCGAUGUCGCACACCUCGUGCGAUCAAUCCGCAUCGAGCAAUGUCCUGUCCUGGCGACGUACAAACAAACGAUACGCGAAUGCGUCAGCGUCAUCCUGAAACGAUGCACUCAACUCCGGUCGUUCUCGUAUCACCCCCACCCCGCGUUCCCCUUUAUAGACAACGUGCCCGAACUCGACCCCGAAGUUGUGGACGGAUACUACUACAACCCUAUGUGGCUCGUAUCCCGAGAUGGGCCACUCCUGCAUCCUUUGUCAUCGACGUUGAAAAGCCUCGUUCUUACUAUCCCUCUCUCCCAGACCACGGUCACAGCGGUCCAUCACCUCUUCCACAACACAUAUACACUGUCCUCCCUAGUGCUCGCUGCAACCGAAAUCGAGCGCGACUUGAACCUCCCGGAGCUUAUGCGCUUUCCCGUCAUCCGGAUGCAUUCCCUCUGCUCCUUAGAGAUCGAUGCGGGCUAUCCGGACCUUCUGGAAUAUGUCGUCUCCCGAUGGGAAAUACCCUGCCUCACGCAGCUCACUCUCCUCCGAUGCACCGAAUACCCCACUUCUUUCCUCCACACAUUCGCGGCACAUCUCACCUUCCUCCACUUCUACGUCUGCACCCGCCGAGCCAUCCGUUCAUUUAGCCAGGACCAGAUCGAGAACCUACCGCGCGUAUGCCCCGCACUCGUACACCUGGUGAUCCCCGAGCUGCAGUGCGGACCGCUGACGCUCCACUCAUCCACCCUGCAAUUCCUCGACGUGUGGGCCGUCAGCGUGAGGGCCUCGACGCUGUCUUCCUCCGAACACGCAUGCGCUGUAGUGCGCGCCCGGCUGCUUAACCCUGCGAGCCACGUUCCAUACCUCCAUUGCGCCCGGCUCCUGUUGACGGUGUACACCUCGUAUCCGAGGAGCGACCUGCCUUCACUGGAGACUUGUUUCCGCGGCCCUGACUGGCCGCGCAUCUGCCACCCAACCCUCGUCUCGACCAGGUCGCAUGGCCCUCUCUUCAUACGCUUUUCUGGGACAUGGGUUGCGCAGUUCGCAUGGGGUCUCGGGUCCGCGGAUCACCCCAAAGUAAGACGUCGCAAGGACGAGGAGGGGUACACGGAAAACUGGCCCUCCAUCAAUCCUGCGCUGCGCAUGGACGACUGGUUCAAUCGGGUGCUCCGGGAAAGUGAUCGCAACGUAGGCAUAGCGCAUGACUCCGACUCGGACUCUGACGACUCUGACGAUGAAAAACGUGGGGUGGAUGCCGAAGAGGCCCUCCUGCGAUCUCAGCAAUACGACUCUCACGAGUCAGACUCCGGCUCCGAUGGGGAGUCGGCUUCUGGGGACGACCGCGAGGAUCCUGAAGCCAUCUUAGACGAGUUUACGCGCAGUCAGAACACUCGGUAUCACAUGCACUCACUCUUGGACACAAAUUGA